GCGAGUCAGAGUCAUUCAUAUACACAGAGAGUAGAGAGGAAGAGAGAGAGUAGCUUGGGAUUUACGUCAAAAUCCAAAAAUGGUGAAAUUCCUGCUUCAGAUCACCGCGGAACUCGAGAACCUGACCGACCUCCAGCCUCAGGACGGCUGCGACGACACCAACUUCUCCUACCUCUUCAAGCUGAAAUGUGAGAGGUGUGGAGAGGUGAGCCAGAGAGAAACUUGUGUGAGCUUGAACGAGACUGUUCCCCUUCCAGUCGGCAAGGGAACCGCCAAUCUCAUCCAGAAGUGCAAGUUUUGUGAGCGCGAUGGAAUGAUUAUGAUGCACCCAGGUCGUGGUAAGCCACUGACGCAGGAAACAAGUGAGGCCAGGCAGUUUGCCCCAUUGAUGAUCUUCGAGUGCAGGGGUUAUGAACCUGUGGACUUUGUUUUUGGUGGUGGCUGGAAAGCUAAGUCUUUGAGUGGCACAAAUUUUGAGAACAUUGACUUGUCGGCUGGGGAGUUUGUUGAAUAUGAUGAGAAGGGAGAGUGCCCAGUUAUGAUUUCUAAUCUUCAGGCUGCUUUUGUGGUGAGUUCUUAGACUGUAUGCCACAUGAAAUGCGUCUGGGUAUAUAAAAGUUGGUAUGUGAACUUGGGAAGCUAACCGUUCGCUUGUGAAUAAGAUGGACUGUUUCCUGUGCCGUGAGCAGAAAAACCUAUGUAAUUCGUACAGUAAAUGUUUUGAGAAAGUUCAGAGUUCAUGUUGUGCUCGUUAUUCGGUUUUAAAAUGAUUCAGUUACGUGGAUACAACAUGGUGUACUUUCGUUAUGAAUGCAUGGAUUGCAAAACUUGGUUGUAUCAUGAAAUGUUUACGGGAUCACGAUUCAGAUCGGUGGAGGCUUUAUAAUUCUA